AUGGAUUUGGAUUAUGCAAUCAUUGUUUUAAGACAUCAUUUGGAGUCAAACGGAAGGUUUUUUGAAAUUUCAAAAGAUGAUGUUAAGAACAGAGUGACCAUUAAAAAUAAAUUAACUCAAGAAGAAAGAUAUAUAGAUUUUGGGGAGAUCCAAAAUUUUAUACAAUAUGAUGAGUUUGAAUAUAAUUUAUUAGCAAAUGGAUUUCAAGAAAAUUUAUCUAUAUUAAAAAAUUCAAUACUUCCAUUAACCAAAGCACCAGAUUCUUGUUCAUCAAAUAGAGGUAAAACAAUUGGAAAUUCAUCAUUACUUAUUAAUAAAGUUAAUGGUUUGAUUGAUGAUGACAAGGAUACAAUCUAUCUACUUUUAAUUGGUAUAACUGGUGUUGGUAAAUCAACGUUUGUUAAUAUGGUGGUUAAUUAUAUCGAGUAUUCAAAUUUAAAAGAUGCACUUGAAAACGCAACAUUAGAACAAAUCUAUACAAUUGCCUCAAAAAUUGAAAUUCAAGAUGAAAAUAAAACUCAUAAAUUUUCACUUGGAGAUGUUGAAGAUUACAAAAUUGGCUCUUCAGUUACACAGUAUUCAAGACAAUAUAGAAUUAAAUUACCAGAUGGUAAAACACUUUGUUUAAUUGAUGCUCCAGGUGUCGGUGAUCCACAAGGUACAUUGCAAGAUAAUAAACAUUUUGAGAAUAUCCUACACGAAAUUUCAUCAUUAAAAAAGUUAAAUGCAAUUUGUAUUUUAAUGCGUCCAGAUGAAACUAGAGCCACUGUUUUAUUCAAAUAUUGUUUGAAUCAAUUAUUACUACAUUUACAUUCAAGUGCAAAAGAUAAUAUUUUCUUUUGUUUCACUCAUACAAGAGGUACAAUGUAUAAACCAGGUCCAACAAGAGCCAUCCUAGAGGAUCAUUUAAAAAAAAUGAAAGAUCAAUCAGAUAUUGAAAUAAAUGCUAAUGAAAAAACAUUUUGUUUUGAUAAUGAAUCUUUUAAUUAUUUAGCCGUUAAAAAAUAUAAUGCUACUGCUGGUAUUGAAACUAAUUUUUCAGAAGAUGAUGAGUUUGAUUUUGGUAGAAGUUGGGAUAGAUCAUCAAAAGAAUUUAAAAGAUUAUUAGAAGAGAUAUCAAAAGUUCAACCACAUGAUGUUGCAAAUACAAUUUGUAUAAAUAAUGCAAGAACAAUGAUUUCCAAUUUAGCUCAACCAAUGUCAACAUGUAUUUCAAAUAUUAAUACCAACAUUAAAUUAAUGGAGCAACAAUCUGAAAAGUUGAGGAACAAUAGUAUUGGUGAUGAAUCAUUAUUAUACAUUCCAGUAUCUGUGGUGAUAGCGGAAAAAUUGGAAAACAGUCUAUUGGUUUGCACAAAGAAUGGAUGCUCUAGUAAUACCGAUAAUCCUUGUAACAUUGAUGUUGUUUCUCCAAAAUGGUAUUCUUCACUUUAUUGGUGUGAUAAUAUUAAUAAGAUGGGAACUUGCAAAAAAUGUUCAAACACUGGAGUACUUCCUUGUUUAUGGUUUGAUCAUCAAGUAGUUACUAUCAAAGAAACACCUCAACUCAAUCAAUUACCAGGCACUGAUAAAAAAACAAUAGGUCAAAGAACAAAGAGUGAAAUAUUUAAUGAGAGGGAGUUGUUAGUUACAAAAAUGGGAGAAAGAAAAAUACAAUUCCAAGAAGAAUAUGAUACUAUUAAGACUGCAAUUGUUGACUUUUCAGUAUUCUUGUGGCACCAUUCAUUAAUUAAAUUUAAUCGUUACUAUGAAGAUUAUAUCAACAUGCAAAUAAAGCAAUUGGAAAAUUCUGAAAACUCGCAAGAAUUAAUUCAAAAACUCAAUGAACACUUAAGUGAAUAUAAAGCAAGUGUUGAAGAAAUAAAACAUAAUGUCCAAAAUAAUAAAGCAUCUGUUAAGACUCAAAAAGAAAUAUUCGCUACAUUUGAUAAACUACUUACUUUACCAAAUGUAGGCUAUAUCAUCCAAAAUCAAAUUAAACUCAAACAGAGUAGUCAUUACAAAAGUGAAGCUGUUGAAAUUGAUCUUUUCUCAAAAAUGAAAAACAAAACAAAACAAAUAAUCAAAUAA